AUGUCUGAUAAAGUAAAGUUUCUCAUAUUAAAUCCAUCACCGGAUAAUUUGAUUAAAAUUUUGGAAAAAUCAAAUGCUCAGUAUACGAAAAAUGGUCCAUUUGAAGCAACUAUUUUAUUGGGGGAUGUCCUACCACAGGGCUAUGAAUUACCAAACGUAAAGCCUCUUGGUGUCACGUAUUUUUCCAGAGGUGCAAAUGGAAUAUCUGAAGUUAUACAAGCAAAAGAAAGUUCAACACAAAGCUCUAUUGAUUUGGCCACAAAUUUCACAUUUGUUAAACCACCAUUUAGUGUUAUCAGAACCACAUCAGGAAUCACUAUUAUGAUAGUUUCCAAAUUAGAUACAAACAACGAGUCAGAAGAGAAACCAUUAGACCUUCCUGAAGUUAAGAUUGAUAUCUUGAUAACAUAUGAAUGGCCACAAGUUAUUGGUAGAUUAUGUAAAUUGACUACAGUUGGUAAUGAUAAAAUCAACGAAUUGGUCACGAAAUUAAAACCAAGGUAUCAUUUUGCUGUUGGAAAUGAAAUUGGGAAAUUUUUCGAAUUGGAACCAUUUGCUUGGUCUACUGGAGAAAUAACCAGAUUUAUCAGUUUAGCGCAAGAGGGAGGAUCAAAAGAGAAAUGGUUCUAUGCAUUUAGCAUAGGUUUGGAACAAGACAAAAACACCAAUGUUAUUGAAAACCCAUUUACAGCUACAAACAAAAGAUCCAGGGACGGAGAUACCAACAAAGAUGAAGAAAAGGAGCUAUCAAAUGCGAGAGAAGUUAAAAAGCCUAAGGUGGUAGCUCCUGAACAAUGCUUUUUUUGUUUGAGUAACCCCAAUACGGAAACCCACAUGAUUGUUUCUAUUGGAACUUGCUCAUAUUUAACUAUUGCAAAAGGUCCAUUAACAAGGUCCAAUAAAAACUUGCAGUUUUCUGGUCAUGGAAUUUUGAUCCCAAUUGAGCAUACACCUACAAUAAAACAAGAAUCUUUGGUUUCAGAAGAAUUGUUGAAAUAUCAAAAUAGUUUAGUAACUGCAUUUGAUGAACAAAAACCGAACUUGAAAUUAGUAUUUUGGGGAAUCAACCGAGACACAAACAUUCAUUAUCAUAAACAAUUCUUACCAGUUGAAGAAUCUUUGUUAAACAAGUUUUCAAAAUCAUUGGAUAUGAGAGUUAAACUAAAUAAUGAAAAAUUCAAAAAGAAUCAGAACUUGCACUUCACAAAAUUUACUGAUAUGGCAAAUCCUGAGCUUACAAAAAUAUUGGAUACUUCCAAUUAUAUAAUGUUUACUGUGUGCAAGAAUAAAACUGACCGAGAUUAUUAUAUUGCUCCUUUAAUACCGGAAAAGUCUAUAGACAUACAAUUUCCUAGACGAGUACUAGCUCAUGUAUUGAAUCUUCCUGAUAGAAUUCAUUGGGAUAAAUGUCAACAACCUAAACUUAAAGAAAUGGCAGAUUGUGAAAACUUUAAAUCAUUUUAUCAAAAAUUUGACUUUACACUUUAA